UAGAAUUGGCAACCUAGCUGGUGUCCCUAAUAUUGGAAACCUACCUGGUGUCCCUAGAAUUGGCAACCUAGCUGGUGUCCCUAAUAUUGGAAACCUACCUGGUGUCCCUAGAAUUGGCAACCUAGCUGGUGUCCCUAAUAUUGGAAACUUAGCUGGUGUCCCUAAUAUUGGAAACUUAGCUGGUGUCCCUGGUAUUGCAAAUUCAUUGGUGCACGAAGCUGAAGACCUGACAGGUAGACUGGUUCACAAAGUCGGAAAGAGGGAUCUCCUAGGAAACAUACCAAAUUUCGGAGGCCUACCAGGUCUCCCUAGUAUCGGCGGUGAACUAUUUCACAGAGCUGAGAACGUGGCAACUGGACUUGCUUCCAAACUUGGGAAAAGGGAUCUCAUAGGAAGUGCAGUCGCUCUCCCCAAACUUGGAAUGUCUCUGUUCAGGAAAGGCGUACCUGGUCUCCCGGAUCUUGGAGGGCUACAUGCACUUUCCAAAGUCGGAAACUCCUUAAUAAACCAGGCUCAGAGUGUGUCAGAUGACAUUCUUCCCAACCUUCAGAAGAGGGAUCUUUUCGGACAACCGGCAGUUGUAGAGGAGCAACUUCCCGAAUGUACAACCUCAUAUGAUUGGAACACUCCUGGGCCUGACGGUGAGGACCCCUACCCGGAAUUUGAAAAGAGAGAAAUCAUUCCUUCUGUUUUCAAUCCCUCGAACAAAGGCAUUCUCGGCGGCAUCGCGAGGGAGUACGAAAGACUCUCGAGCGACGUACUUCCGACGAUUCUAAAGAGGGAUACCGCCGGAUCAUCUGGAAGUAAUUUACAAGGAGUUAACUCAGCUGCCAAUAACCCUGUCGCAGGACAACAGCUCGCCCCUGGGAAUGGACUCUAUAGUGAAAACUCGCCUCAAGGUGCCUUCGUCGGCAAAAGAGCCCUCGGCGACAGAUUAAUAUCGGGAGUAGAUACUUUACUUAAACCAGGAAUGAACGUCAUCCAUGAUGUUAGCGACGGUCUUAGCAAAGUGUUCCUCCCGUUCUUGAAAUAAGACCGCAAGGGAAAUUAGUACCGAGAGACAACGCAGAAUAGAAGAACACUGCUCCAAACUGAUCGGACGUUAAUGAGAACGACAAUUCGGUGGGCCGCUUCGUAGAAACACCUCUGCGAAGGGUCCGUGAUUUAUUAUAUUAUUAAUAAUAAGCUAUAGCUUCAUGGUUAAAGAAAUAAAAUAAAUGUGAGA